UCGAACGGCCGUCGUUGCAACACACGAACUCGAGGUCGUCGCACGCCCGUCACACGACGCUCUCGACGCGAUUUUUUUUUCGGAAAUUUUUUGAAAAAAUUAAUAAAAACUGGACCGCACGUGACCGAUUUUCCCCGACAAAAAAAAAAGUAACAUGGCAAACGUCGGUGCUUUUUGGCGAUUUUUUAAAACGUCACCGAAUGACAGUUUUAUGAGUGAUUUAGUGUGAUAGAGAGAGAAAGAGAACAAGUGAUUUUGUGAGGUGCUUGUGGUGAGGAGAGGACAUGUUGGGAGUGUUAAAGAGACGCUGGAAACCAAAGAGGUCAAGCGGCAAUUCCCGUAUAACAUCAGAAACGAGUCCCCUGGAUAACGAGAAGCCACGUUCGGCCCACCAGGUGCAUCCGGUGCUGGACGCGCGCCAUCUGGUGGGCUACGAGAAGAACGAGCGCGCGGACACCCCUCCGCCCCCGCCGCCCCCACAAAGGUGUCUCCCUCUAACGCCGAACAUUUGCGUGGAGGCUGGACGGAUUCAGUUCGUGAAAACGCCAGAAGAGGAAACUUCGUCCUCCUCCUCCUCCUCCUCUAACAGCAACACUGGCCCUGCUGCGAUCAAUGGGAUCGCCAAUACAGGGCGAGUAACGAUUACUAGAGGGUUACAGACCGAGGAACGUGAGGACUUUUAUCAAGUGCAGACUUUCCUGGAGAAUCGAAUCGUUGAACUGGAGAUGGCACUGGAGGCGGCCCAAAAGAAUGAACUUCGCGAUAAACAGACCAUUAGCAAGUUGACGAAGCAACUGAAUAAGAGGGAAUCAGCUCAGAGGGAUGCUGACCGUGAGAGAAGACUGCGCCUCGACAGCGAAUCGCGUGCAAAACAGGCACUACAGGAGGCUGCCAGGUGCAGGUCAAGACUCAAGCUCCUCACACAAGAAUUUGCAAGAAUGGAGGAAACCGUCCGAGCUAUGCUCAUAUAUAAGAAGCAAGCAGAGCAACUUCGGCAAGAGAAAGCUGCAUUAACUCUUGCUUUUGAGAACCGUUGCCAACAGUACCAAAGUACCAUAACACGUCUAAACUUGGAAAUCACCACUCUACGUCAGCAGCUAGAGGAAGCGGGAAGAGACAAUAAUCCAGAGGGACUCCUACAGGCGCACGCUGCCGCUCUCAAAAGACACGCGGACGAAUCCAGGAAACAAUACGAGCGGUGCCUGGAUGACGUCGCCAAUCAGGUGGUCAAGGCUUUGCUUGCCCAAAAGGGUUUAAGGGAAGAAGUGACCUGCCUCAACGGAAGGAUCCACGAGUUAGAAUCUCAAAACAGUGCCCUCACGUCCAUGUUGGUCCAUCAGUUGAGAGAAGAGAAUCCUGCCACGCCGGCCGAUCUCGAUUCGUUUUCCAGGCAGCUGGCUUUAGAAUGUCACGAGAAAGGUCCAGAAGAAUCAUCCCCUUCCUUACUACUAACCACUAGUCUAACGACGAAACACUGCAACUCCUUUAACUCCGAAAUCCUAGAAGAGAGUCCCAGUAAUGACCACUGUGAUAAACUAGUUGUGUCCAGUGAUGACAAGAGGUUGUCAGUGGAUACUUUUGACGCUUUAGAUACUAGAUUUUCCUUAGAAGAUAAGAAAAGGCACCAAGUUCUAACCAAAUUGUGGACGGAACUUAAAGGUACCGAAGUGACCCCCAAGAAGUUACUCGAGGCUUUGAGCGCGGUGGAUUCGGCCCUUUGGGUACCUCCGAAACGUCCAGUUUCCCUUAAUUUGCAUCUGCCUAUUUUGCAAACCACUAGGAUUAGAAGAACCCGGCCAGUAUUAGCUCAAUCAAGUUCAAAAAGCGAAGAGGAAACGACAGGAAACGAGUCACCGGAGAGCGGCAAUCGCGACGAGGGCUACUCAACGAUGUCUUCCGACGUCCAGGCUGACGUCACGAGGGCCUCCAACGAUGCCACGUUGCCCCAUCGCAGUCUGGAGGACCUCAAAGAGGCGAGUGACGAGACCGACCUGUCUGCCGACACUCGCCUGCUAGUCACCGACAAUAAGGAUCCGGACAUACUUUACAUUCCACUGAACCUUUUGAAUUUGAAACAAAGGAACAGUUUUCCUCCUGGCAAAGACAUUUUGCCGUUUCAACAUAUCAUGAGAAGCUUCUCAGAUUCCCAUUUGUGUAUCAAGAUAACUACGGCGCCGACUCCUUGCUACUCGUUCACCUCGCCCAUAUCGAGCAGUCCAUCCAUUUUCGUCCUGGAUAUCACCGAGAAGAAAGUGAAUCCUUUGAGGAGAACCAGGGGCACCAACACGUUAUGGGGCAAUUCGAAUGCCGACUUGACAACAGGUGACGAUAAAACGUCCCAGAUAUCUUGGGGGAGUGCGACAGAGGAGCGGCUGGAGUGCACCACGUGGGACGCGGAGUAUAUCCAGCAAUGGCUGCGUCUGGAUGAAACGAGAUCGACGUUACAACAGCACCGGGACAUGCUGGAGCUGGAGUAUGAUCGGACCGAGUUGGAGGAUUGGAGUCUCAGUUUGUCCAAUGACGAUUUGAGGGAGCAGUGGAAGAAGUUCGAUGCUGUUACGCCUGGUCAAAUCUCAAUUUCAACUCUGCCAAGUAUCGCGGAAAACAACGCGCUCGAACUCGAAGAGGACUCGAACGAGUGCCUCUGGAACAACUCCAGUUACAUGAUGGACAAGGAGGGAAGGGAACUGGUGACGCUCCUGAUGGACACUCCCAGCGGCGAGAAACAGUGGCCGUACGCCGUCUCCAGUGCGGUGCACCAGCAAAUUUCCCCGGAUAACAGUUGGUCGAGUGGAGGAUCGGAUUGUUGCCACUCGCACGAGCCAGAGACUUGCUCCAAGAGGUCCUCGGCAGCUAGUGAUGACACUGGAGAGUUGCCUCAGAUCGGUACAGAUUUCACCAGAGACUUUUACAGAUUAGUGAAGUUCGAGAGCACCAAGAGUCUGGCUUCGACCUCGUCGAGGAGUAUCGGGGGUGCCCUGAGCGAUAACGGUGAUAGAGACGCCACGCUGCAGAACGUUUUGACUUUUAUCGCGGAACAACAGAAGUACGUGCAAUGUAGUAAGGAUAGGCCUCGGUCGGUUAAUGAUGUUACCAAAGAAUUUAAUAUUGAAGGUCCUGCCCAUCAGUAUUGCGAAGAAGUAAAAACAACUUCCGGCACCCAAACCGAAGGGAAAUCCAACGACAACGAAAACUACGUGACCCUCAAACAGCUGUGCGAAGAAUUCGAGCAAAAAAAGGAAAAACAUCGGGAAAAACACGAGCCAUCCGACCCGAGUGAGAAGAAAAUCUCUUAUGCCGAAGAAAUCUGUGUGGCGACCGCCUUGGACGUCGAAUCCGAAAACUGUUCGAACAUCACCGAACAUCCGGUGGACAUUUGCAGUAGCAUCAACGUAGAACUGAACUCACUGGACUACCAAAGUGGCGUCCUGGAAGUCAGCGAGGAAAAGAAGUACAGUAAAGAGACCCUCUUGAAUGACGGUAGUAGUGAGUUGAUCGAAUCGACUGACACUAACGUAAGUGAGUGUUCGGAGGCGAAUAACGAGUCGUUAACGUCCAGUGUGAGUACUCCGGAUACGGUGGCGUCCAGAAUACCCCGCAGGAGAACUCCCUCCAGGAUUCCCGUUAGUCCUGCGAGGAUUAUUGUAAAUAAUAAUAACAACAACAAUAAGGAGAACGUGCAAGAGACCAAGUUACCAAAGAGCAAGAUUCCUUAUAAGAGCAAUAAGCCCAAGCCUAAGAAACUAAUCCAAAUCACCCAAAUGAACCCUUCACCCCAACACGUGAUCACCUCGGAAAAACUACCGCAGAGCACCUCCGGCGUCCUGAGUAACAUCAUCGAGGGUCCGCCCCAUAGGGCGGUCAGUUUCCACGAAAGGGCGACCUCCAAGGACGUCAUCGACGAACUAAACCGCAUGAUCAAAAUAGGCGACGACAAUGUCCCUGGAACGGAACCCAGUAAGGAGAAACUGGGCACAAACAAGUUGGAUCAGGCGUGUCGACCUACGGGUUGGAUACACGUGGAAAAGGAUAUCGAUUUGACUGAUCCUAAGGCCAGGGCGAAUCUUCUGGAUGUGAUGAUGGCUUCGGUUUCCAGCGACUCAUCCCCCACCUCUUCUUGUGGAGGUAGCGUGGCCAGCGAUUCUACCGAAGAUCCUCCGGACUAUGGACAUUUGCACAGGAUACACAAGUACCACAGACAGAAAAAGGCCAAAGCGGCCCGCUCCAGUUCGGAGAUGGCGCCGGUGGCGGUCGUUAGGGCGGCCGUACCGACGCCCCGACCCAGCAUCAUCGGACGCGGCGUCGACUUCUACGUGCGAUUCGGCGACAAAGAGCGCGAGGCGGUCGCCUCGUUCGAUUUCCUCGACGAACUCAGCUCGGCGAGCAGUUCUUUGAGUAAUUCCAUUGAGGCGAACCUCGAGGAGGUCAUCGAGGAGGAAGAAGAAGAGAACGAUCAGGAACAGAAGAAAAAGGAACACGUUGGACUGGUUAGUCCCAAGAGGAGUUCUAGAGCGGUUAGGGUUAGUCAGGUGUAAUUUUUAAAUUGUUUUAGUAAUACAGAGUUGUUUUCUUGAAAGAAGUUGGUUGUGUUGUAGUAUACUGAUGAGCUGCUUUUUAACGUUUUUUUUUUUUUUUUAAGAUGAGUUUAGUUAGCACCGUUUACGUAUGUUAGGUACAUAAUGGCGUGUGGGUGUUACAGGUGUUAUGAUUAUUUUACAUGCAGGGUAUAAUUUUUGUUUUCAAUUUUAUACAGAAAUUAUGUUUUAUAGAUUGUCAUUUUAUAUUUAACUAGAUGCUCAAAGUACUUUCCAUUUUGGGCUAAACAAAUUUUUUAAACUCAUUUCUAACAUUCUGAAAGCCUUUGCAUGGAAUAGAUGCACACUUUGUAAUAAAUCCGUUGUCAAAGGUAAAGUCCAGUUCAGAGAUCUAUAAGAAUCUUUGAUGUGUCGCAAAUGCCGCACUAAAUAGUCUGUGCGUCUAUGUCGUAUUUAUUGUCGCAUGAUAUACGCGUUUAAAUGGCAAAAUUUUAUAUAGUUUUUGACACGAUGCGUUUGCAGAUCAGUGGAUUGAGAGAAGAGGUCGAAUGGAAUGGCCGGCAAGAUCACCGGAUCUAACACCCCUCGACUUUUUUCUCUGCGGUCACUUAAAACCUGUUGUGUUUACUCGAUGAUCUUCUUCGGCAACGGAUUAUUAUUACAGAAUGUGCAUAUCUAUUCCAAGAGAACUGUUUCAAAAUGUGCGAAAUGAGUUUGAAAAUACAUUAUACUUUUGUUUAGCCCAAAAUUGAAUGCAUUUUGAGCAUCUAAUUAAAUAAAAUAACUUUUUAUAAAAACAGAGUUUCUUCAGAGUUAAUUCUUGGGCAGGUGAAUACUACUCCAAAAGACCUUUAAUUUACGAUAUCACUCACCCUUACCUAGGGUACAUUUGUACCAAAUUACCCUUAUCUAACUUUUUUUAGUUUCAGAGAUAUUGGUAGUAUUGAAUGUUUUUAAAUUUACACCCUGUAUACUAUUAUUUGUCUAGAAGUCAAUAUUGGAAUGCAUUUCAUCACUUGUAAAAUGUAUAAUGAUUCACAAGAAAUCUUGCAUGCCAUAAGACUAUCCCGACUGUUCUUUGCUAACUAUACUGGAGUGAAUUAAAGAAUUGCGAUGAUUUAGAAUAUCAUACAGUACUCUCUCUAAAUAUCGAACAAAUGAAGUGACUAUUAAUAGCGUAUGAAGUACUCAAACAAAUCAAGAAUUAAUUCAAUAGUCAUAGAAGGUAUUUAUUAUUAAAUUCUUGCUAUCAAUCUUUUGAAUUAUAUGUGUCUUAUCUGUUUACUUUAUUUAUUUAGAAUAAAUUGAUAAUAUAAACCGAAGGUUUUCGAUUGGUGAUUGGAUAAAAUAAUAAAUUCUAGUAACUAGAUAUGACUCAUAGACACACGAUGUUCUAUGUAAAAACAAAAAUAAACAUAACACAGGUAAUGUUCCCUUUAUGUGCAAAUUUUGACCCCCGAAAACCGUGUAGUUAUUUAUUUUUUGUGCAUAUGUAAAUUUUAUUAGCACCCUGUAAAAAAACGAUUAAUUUAUUACGUGCUCCGCUCCCCCUAUAUCAAAAUUUAAGACAAAUAAAAUGUUUGUUUUUUUUUAAUAAAAGUAAGUUUAGGUGAUAGUCCAGGAGCUUAACAUUAAGACUGUAUAUACUUUAAAUUAUUAUCAAAUUAGUUUUUAAGGAUAAUAAUAAUAAUAAUAAUAAUUCUUGAAAAUAAUAAAAAUAAACGAAUUAUGAAUGUGUAGUACAGUUUAUGUACAUUGUGAUAUAAUGUGAAUUUUUUUUUAAUAGAUAUACGAUUAUUAAUAUUUAAUUACGACAUUAAUCAAAUUACAGCUAAGCAAGGAGGAUUAGUACAGGCCAAAAAGAGUUUUCUUAUGGAACACUUUGAAAUUUAAAUAGAAGUUUAAUAGCGUCUAAAAUGUGCAAAUAUCUUAUUUAUUUAUUUGCUGAUUAGUAAAAGUUAUUUAUUACUAUAUGGCUCUCUAAAGCUCUAUAGCCUCGGAAAAUAUCAGUUUUAUGAAUUUUCUAGUGGAACCAAAUGUUUUAAGAGGCCAAAUAUUGUUGUUAAAAAAUCUAAAAAAUAAAAAGAAUUGGCCAAGCAACCGCAACUUUAAAGGGCUAGAGCUCCGAAAAUAUUACUCGUAUGAGUUUCUCAGUGGUACCAAACGAUUUAGGAGGUCUCAAUUAUUCUAGAAAAGUUAGGAAAAUAAUUUAAGAAUCAAUAGUUUCUUCUGAAGAAAGAUCCAAAGUUUGCCAUUUUCGAGCUCCCACAAUUUUUAAAGGAUUUUCUUCAAACUUUGACAGGUCAUAUCUCAGAAAAUAUUCUUGGUACAACUUUGCCAGUAGUACCAAACGAUUUAGGAGGUUCCAAAUAUUCUAAAAAAGUUGUAAAAAUGAUUUCAAAAUUAUUAUAAUUUUCAGAAAAAAAAAAUCAAAAUUAGCCUUUUUUGAAGCAACUCUAACUGUAAAAGGGUUUUUUCCAACUUUGAAGAGCCAUAUCUCAGAAAAUAGUACUGAUACAACUUUCCCAGUAGUAUCAAACGUUUGAGGAAGUUCCGAGUAUUCUAAAGAAGUUGAAAAAAUCAUUUAAAAAUUAAUCAUUUUUCCAGAAAAAAAAUCCAAAGUUUUUAAGCCGUUUUAAGGAAUUUUCAGGAAAGGACGUGAUUUUAAAGGAAUUUUUUCCCACCUUUGAAGAGUCAUAUCUCAAAAAAUAUUGCUGGUACAACUUUCCCAGUGGUACCAAAUAUUUUAAGAGGUCCCAAAUAUUCUAGGAAAGUUAGAAAAAUAAUUUAAGUAUCAAUAGUUUUUUCUGAAAAAAAAAUCCAAUUUUGGCCAUUUUUGGAGCACCCUCAACUUUAAAGGCAUUCUUUUUCCCAAUUUUAAAGGGCCAUAUCUCAGAACAUAUUUCUGCUAUGACUUUCGCAGUGAUACAAGACGAUUAAGGGCAUCUUAUGUAUUCUAUGAGAGUUGGAAAAAUAAUUUGAAAGUCAACAGUUUUUUCAGAAAAAAAAUCCAAAGUUAGCCAUUUUUAACUCUGAGGGAAUUUUCAGAAAAGGAAGUGAUUUUGAAGGAAUUAUUUCCCAACUUUGAAGAGUCAUAUCUUAGAAAAUAUUGCUGGUACAACUUUGCCAGUGGUACCAAACAAUUUAGGAGAUCCCAAAUAUUUUAUACUUUAAUUUAAAAAAAAUCAUUUAAAAAUCAAUAGUUUUCCUAGAAAAAAAUACCAAAGUUGACCAUUUUCGAGCAAUCCCAACUUUAAAGGAUUUUUUUCUCAAUUUUGCAAGGCCCAUAUCUUAGAAAAUGUUACUCGUACAAUUUUCCUAGUGGUACCAAAUGGUUCAGGAGAUCCUGAAUAAUCUAGAAACGUUGAAAAAAUUAUUUAAAAAUAAAUAGCUUUUUUAGGAAAGAAUUCCAAAAUUGACCCCUCUUUUGGAUCAACUUUUCCCAAAAAAAAAAUCAGAGAAGUUUGAGAAGGUCCUAAGAACAACUUUGCAUUGUUUUUAUGAAAUACUGUUACGGUAUUGAAGUUUUACAUAUUGAACAACAGACAAACCUUAAUAGAACUUGCUUUUUUUAUACUAGCUUUUUAUGAUCUUUCACUCUAUAAAAUACCUUUAUAUAAAGAGAGAAUUUAAUUUUCUCUCUAAUUCAUGCAUCACCAUGCAAUUAUAUCUUGCAACAAAAAGACGAAAAAUAAAUAAAAAAUAAUUAGUGUGUUCAUAAGCAGGAAAACUCUGUUAAAACAGAGUGUUUCUCUAUUGGCUGUACUAAUCAAUAAACAAUGUAUUAUUAUCAUUAUUAAACCUGUGGCGAGCAUAUUUUUUAUGCAUAAACGAAAUAAAGGAAAAAUGUAACGACCCUGGGAUAGAAAUGAAGUAUCAGUAUAAAAUGCCAACCGAGGUUUAAUAAUAUUCAGUUAAAAUAGGUUUGCACUCUUGCCAAACAGUAUCAACUUCUAGCCAAAAUAGGAAUAAAACGAUUUUUAUUUAUUGUAUCGCUUUAAAACGCUCUCGGUUCUCUUGCAUUUAUUUUACAGGCCUAUAAAUUCGAAAAUUUAUUUAUUUGUUUAAUUUUUUUUUUUUGGUUGUCUUAUCAUGUAAUCAUGUCUAUAACUAAACGGUGUGUAGAGUGAUGUAUUUUUAUAUAGGGUACUUAUAUAUUUAGUACAAAUCUAGAUCCUAAAUAAAAUAUUAUCAUUA